ACUCAACUCAGAGGACGUUGCUCUUUAUUCCAGAUUCCCUAUCCAUUUUGUCCAUCCUACCUGCUCUUCUUAUCUCCCAUCACUUGCAUUUCUUCACUUGCCAGAUUCCCAUUUAAAUAAAACAUAUAUGAAGAACUAUGGAAGCAAGAAGUACCCCUAUCCUAGUCAGUCAGGCAAUAAAGUACUUCACUUACGAACUAGGAUAAUACAAAAGGUACACACAUCAAGUUGCUGGCUGCAAGAAGUCCCUGGUAAACCUCAGCUGGAGCAACCCUCCACAAAGCCACAGGUGACAAGCCCUCAGCCCACGAAAGAAAAUGGUAUGAAGACUAAGGAAGAAAAGCGAUCUUACAGACAAAGAAUUAUGGGUGAACUUAAAUAUUAUUACAGUGGAUUCCAUUUGCUUUGGAUUGACACCAAAGUUGCUGCCAGAAUGAGUUGGAGGCUGUUGCAUGGACAGGUGCUGACCAGACGAGAGAGACGACGGCUAUUGAGGACGUGCGUUGAUUUAUUCCGCUUGGUUCCAUUUGUGGUGUUCAUAAUUGUACCCUUCAUGGAACUCUUAUUGCCAGUGUUUCUGAAACUCUUCCCAGAGAUGUUGCCAUCAACUUUUGAGCGUGAUUCCAAAAUGGAAGAAAAACAGAAAAAGAAAAUGGUUGUCAAGUUGGAACUAGCAAAAUUUCUUCAAGAAACAAUUACAGAAAUGGCAAAGAGGAACAAAGCCACGCUGGAAGAGGCCUCUAAACAGUUCUCGUCCUAUGUCAAACAGGUCCAGACAGGCCACAAGCCUAGUACAAAGGAGAUAGUUCGCUUUUCCAAACUAUUUGAGGAUGAGCUAACCCUGGAGCACUUAGGUCGACCUCAGCUGGUUGCCCUUUGCAAACUGCUAGAACUGCCAUCUUUUGGAACCAACAAUUUGCUUCGCUUUCAGCUCCUGAUGAAACUGAAGUCUAUAAAAGCAGAUGAUAAAAUAAUUGCCAAAGAAGGGGUGGGUGCUUUGAGUGUGUCAGAACUACAAGCUGCCUGUAGGGCCCGAGGGAUGAGAUCACUGGGUCUCACUGAAGAACAACUGAGACAACAGCUCACAGAGUGGCAGGACCUCCACCUGAAGGAGAAUGUCCCCCCUUCUCUUUUGCUCCUGUCACGAACCUUCUACCUGAUAGAUGUGAAGCCAAAGCCAGUUAAGAUCCCACUAAGUGGAGAGGCUCCAAAGAUGGAUAUUCCUGUGGAAUCACCUACUUUUCCUGAGUCUAAAGAGAAUUUGGUGAACUUGGCCCCUCAACUGAAGGGAACCAAGGAUGAAAAAUUUAUGCAACUGCCUCCAGUUCCAUCAUCACCCGUAACACCUUCAACACCUAUUUCAUUACCUAAAGAAUCCAUCACUUCUGCUAAAGAAGCUACGCUCCAGGCCAAAUCACAAGAGAAAACCCAGAACAGCAAGGCUAGUUCCAAAGGAGCGUAA